AUGAAUAAUAUGGACACAUCAUCAGAUACCGCGGUCACUCUGCGAAAUAAUUCCAAAAGUAUCAGAAGGUGGCGACCGAGUUCACUUAUAAACAUCGUAUCUAAGAAUAACAAACAUGAUUCAGUUUUACAAUCACUAGAUACAGAUAAGGAAAAGAAAUUACAGAGAUCGAAAUCCUUGAACGCAAAAUGGAAAACUGCAGUGUCAGUAGUACUAAUUGAGGCUAAGAAUAUAUCUUAUUUACUGGAUGAUGGAAUGUCGAAAGGGCUUUUUUGUAAGUUGAGGUUAGGAGUAGAGAGCUUUAAAUCAAAAAGUUCUUCCAAUACAGUACAUCCGGAAUGGCGUGAGAGUUUUAAAAUGCACCUGUUUCAUGAUAAUAUCCUUCACAUUUCUCUAUGGGAUAAAGGAAACCAGAAAACCUCACUUGGCAGCUGUGUCGUAGACUUGGCGAAAUAUCAAAAAGAGCGCACUCAUGACUUAUGGCUGGAGCUUGGAGAAGGCCCUGGAAAAAUUCAUCUGUCCAUUACACAGUGUGCUAUACAAACAGUUGGCCAAAACCAAUGCACGUGUAAUUUUAAUAAGCAGAAGGAUAAAUAUAAAAUAUCAAAUGUGGAUACGGACUUAAACGAAGUAGGCAUUCUACACGUCAAAGUUAUUGGUGCCAGGGGCUUAGGGUCAAAACCGAGCGCCUACUGUACCCUUCAAGUUGAUAACCAAAGGGUGCAGACACACAGAGCUGGAACCAGCGGAGAAAUCACGUGGAAUAGAUGCUACUUAUUUAACAUCCACGACAUAGCAUCCACUCUGGACCUGAAGUUAUACGAAAGCUCUAUAGCUAACACCCUCCUUAACGAGUCGAUAGGCAAAGUAUCGAUUCCUUUGUUGCGAAUUGAGAACGACGAAAUGCGCUGGUAUGCCCUGAAGGACCGAAAUAAAAGGAACAGCGCUAGAGGGAACUUUCCAAGAGUGCUACUCCAGAUGAAAGUGGUGUUUCAUCCUGUAAAAGCAUCGAUUAAGCUAUUCCAAGCUAAAGAAGAGAGGCACAUCGUUAAGAAGGGAAUAAAGUUUGACAUAGCUCUACUUUACAGCAAUGUCGUAUUUGUGUCGAAUGUGUUUCGUGCACUUCAGGAGUUUAAUGAGUUUUAUAAGCGUGUCUUUGAAUGGGACGACCAAGAGUUUUCAUUUUUUGUCCUCAUGGGUUGGAUUAUAUUCUGUUAUUUUAUUCGGAUAUGGGUGAUACCAUUAUUCUUGCUGCUACCUUUCCUCUGGUACUGGAUUUGGAAUAGACAUUACGAUAACGUCGCUGCUGCAAAGGAGCAAGCUGCACAAACUGAAGAAGUAGAUAUGAAUAAUAAUAACGUCAAGAUUCAGGACGAGAGCGAUAAGGGUCUAAUCAGUCGCCUGAAAAUAAACGAGCUGCAGCGAGUUACGAUAACAGUGACGAGAGGAAUCGAAAUGAUCGCCUCCUAUUCUGAAAGGGUUUAUAAUUUAGUAACCUUUAAAGUACCUUUUAUAAGUUACGUAACGAUAUGCAUUUUGGCCGUCGCCUCCUUGGGACUAUAUGUGAUACCGUUUAAUUAUAUUCUCAUGGGAUUUGGUAUAAUGAAAUUCACAAGGAAAUAUAUAAACCCAAAUCGUGUUUUAAAUAAUGAUUUAUUAGACUUCUUCUCGAGAAUACCCGAUGACGCAAUAUUGAAAGAUUGGAAGGAGUUACAUGUACCGAAGCCGAACGAAGACGAGAAUACUAAAUAUCUGGCAAGAUCUGUCAGCACCUCAAUUUGA